AUGAGAGUCUGGCUGUUGUUUGUGGGCUUGUUGCUGCUGGUUGACUGUGCUGUAUCAUCUGAUUGUAAAUCAUAUGAUGAACGCUUCAAAGGCGGUGGGAAAAGCCUUCAGUCCGACCGGAGAGUGGUGUGCAGUAAUAUGGAUCUGCACCAGGUGUUGCCGCCGGAGUCUUUCCCCAACAGGACCGUCACACUAAUUAUGAACAACAACAAGAUUCAAGAACUCCGAAAUGGCUCUUUCUACGGAUUGUCCACAUUGGAAAAACUGGACCUACGGAGCAACAUGAUCAGUCACAUUGAACCAGGCGCUUUCCUCGGGUUGGCAUCACUCAAAAGACUAGACUUGUCCAACAACAGUAUUGGAUGUCUAAACGUGGAUAUUUUUAAAGGACUCACCAACUUACUGAAACUGAAUCUUUCAGGGAACAUGUUUUCAUCGCUGGCUCAGGGGACCUUUGACAGCCUCUUGUCUUUGAAGUCAUUGGAGUUUCAGACGCCGUACCUGCUGUGUGACUGCAACCUUUCAUGGCUGCUGCGCUGGAUCAAGGACCGAAACAUUGGCGUCAAAAACACCAAGUGCUCAUAUCCGCAGUCGCUCCAGGGGGAAAGUGUCCCUCUCCUCAGCCCAGAGCUCCUCACGUGUGAUGCCCUGGAGCUGCCCUCCUUCGAGCUCACCCCGUCCCAUCAGCAGGUGGUCUUCCAGGGGGACAGCCUGCCGUUCCAGUGCCAGGCCUCGUUUGUGGCGGAGGACAUGCAAGUGCUUUGGUACCAGAACGGACAAAUGGUCAAACCGGACGCCGCGCAGGGAAUCUUCAUCGAGAAACGCAUGGUCCAGAACUGUUCGCUCAUAGCAAGUGCCUUGACCAUUUCGAACAUCCAGCCCGGCUUCAAAGGGGACUGGGAGUGUCGAGUGUGGACAAGCAGGGGCAACACCACCCGAACUGUCCACAUUGUGGUUCUAGAAACUACUGCCAAAUACUGCACGCCUGAACGCAUCUCCAACAACAGGGGAGACUUUAGGUGGCCUCGCACUCCGGCUGGGAUCAGAGCGUACCUCCCAUGUAGCCGACUGUCUUCCACGUACAGCACUUCUGAGGACCAGCGAGCCUGGCGUUACUGCAGCAGAAACGGACAGUGGGCAGAGGACGACUACUCGCAAUGCCAAUUUCAAAAAGAUGUCACAAGAUUUCUAUAUGUCUUGAAACAGAUCACUCUCAAUGAAAGCACUGUGGUCCCAAAUGCACAAACUCUGUUGGUUUACACUGUGGAGGCGGCCAACUUUUCAGACAAAAUGGACAUAAUCUUUAUCGCCGAGAUGAUUGAGAAGAUUGGGAAAUUUGUUGAGAAAUUUAAAGAUCUGGGGGAGGUGAUGCUGAGUAUGGCCAGUAACCUGAUGCUGGCAGAUGAAAAGGUUUUGUGGAUGGCUCAGCGUGACGCCGAGGCCUGCUCCCGCAUCAUCGUCUGCAUCCAGAAGAUCGCAGUCUCUCGUCUGGCCGCAGCUCAAGCUUUCCCACUCACCUCUCCAAAUAUAGCGAUGGAGGCUCACACUGUACGACGGAAGGAGUGGAACGGCAUGACCUGCAUGCUGUUCCAGAGGCCGAGCCCUGAACGCACCCCGGGCCAGGACCGCCAGCUCACCUUCAAAUGUAAUACCACCAGCUCGUUUUCCAGCAUCCUCUACAAGAACACAGUCAUAGAGGCUUCCCUGCAACUUCCUCAUACACUACUGGAUCAGGCCGCUCCCCCAGUGCAGCCGGAGGACACCGUUUACAGGCUCUAUCUGCUGGGGUUCCGGAAUGGUAAAUUCUUCCCGUCCACUGGAAACUCGUCUCAACUCGCCGACAGCGGAAAGAGGAGGACUGUGACCACCCCUGUCAUCAUGGCCGUGAUUGCCGGUGCUUCCCUCCGAAACUUGCGCACUCCUGUGAACGUCACUCUGAGGCGUCUUGCCCGGGGGUCGGAUCCGGUCCCUGCCCAGUGGAACUACAGCGAGGGGGGAGGCGUGGGCGGCUGGCAGAGCGAUGGCUGCAGGAUACUGGGACAUCACGAUAACUUCACCACCAUCUCCUGCAACUCGCUCGGCAACUACGGCCUGUUGAUGGACCUUAACAAGAUGGAUUAUUCUACUCCCAGCAUCCAGCUGCACCCGGUCAGCUACGCCACAUCGGUCAUCCUCCUGCUCUGCCUGCUCACCAUCAUAAUCAGCUACAUCUACCAUCACAAGACCGUUCGAGUGAGCAAAAAAUCUUGGCAUAUGCUGGUCAACCUCUGCCUGCACAUUGCUCUCACCUGCGGCGUUUUCAUCGGAGGAAUCAACCAGACAGCCAACGCCUCUGUCUGUCAGGCGGUUGGCAUCUUGCUGCACUAUUCGACCCUGGCCACAGCUCUGUGGGUGGGAGUGACCGCGCGUAACAUCUACAAACAAGUGACGCGGAAAGCUAAGCGCUACGAAGAGCUGGACGAGCCGCCGCCGCCGCCCAGACCCAUGCUGAGGUUCUACCUGAUUGGUGGAGGGAUUCCUAUCAUUGUCUGUGGGAUAACUGCAGCAGCUAACAUCAAAAACUAUGGGAGCCGGUCAAACGCCCCCUAUUGCUGGAUGGCGUGGGAGCCGAGCAUUGGUGCCUUCUACGGCCCCGCGGGUUUCAUCGUCUUCGUGGACUGCAUGUACUUCCUGAGCAUCCUGCUGCAGCUGCGCCGUCACCCCGAGCGGCGCUACGAGUUCAAGGAGCUGACAGAGGAGCAGCAGCAUCUCCAUCCUGACUCCAACCCAGACGGAAGCCCCUCCACACACCCACUCACUCUGCAGCUACAAGCCCACAACGGCUCACCCUCCCCUGGCCACGCCCCCCACUCUGUUCCUAUGUCCGCCCUGGAGAACGAGUACACUUUCGCCGUUCAGUUACUGGGUACAGCCAGUGCACUGGGUUUAUAUGGCGCACUUUGGGUGUUCGGAGCCCUCUCUGUGUCACAGGACUACCCCUUCGACUUGGCCUUCACCUGUUUGUACGGAGUCGCAGCUUUGGCUUUAGCCGCGUUCAUGACCGGCCACCACUGCGUCAACCGGCAGGACAUGAGGCGCUACUGGUCGCAGGUCUGUUGUUCCGGGAGACGGACAUAUUCUGCUCAAGAGGACGCACUUCUGUCCACGCCGGGGGAAACGGUAUCGGCAGCAGGCGGAGCGGUGCACAAAGCAGACGGCGAGUCCGCCAAAUGUGGACACAGCAGCGCCGACUCGUCCCAUACGAACAAAACCGCCCACAGCAUGCGCAACUCCGGACACGGCAGCAAACUGACAAAUUUACAAGUAGAAGCGGCACAGUGUAAGUUAGCAUCCCCUCCUGUCGCGGCAAACGGAGCGGCCAUUAUGGACAACAGCCUCACCGAACACUCGAUAGACAACGAGAUCAAAAUAAACAUGCACGUGUCGCCAGUUGAGGUGCAAUUUCAACCUAUGAACAACAUCAACCCGAUUCCGCCCGCGAACGGUCACGCCAGCAGACAUCACAAAAAUCGGGCACGUACGCACAGGGCGAGUCGGCUAACAGUGCUGCGGGAGUACGCAUACGACGUGCCGACCAGUGUCGACGGCAGCGUGCAGAGUGCCCCAAACAAGAGACAUUAUUACGACAUGGCCGCGCGCAACCACCGGCGAGCCGCAUACAUGGCGUACAGGGAGCGGCACAUGCAGCAGGACAGUAGCGACAGUGCGAGCCUCCCACGCCGCUCACGGUACGCAGAUAAGGGCGGAGGGAGCACGCUGCCCAACGGCACCAUAAAAACUGUCGAGGCUGUAAUGUCUAGCUCCAGUAUAGACGCCGGGAAGCAGAGCAACGGCAAAGAGUUAGAGAGCCAAUCAAAGUCGUACGGCCUCAAUCUCGUAACUCAAAACGGUAUUAUCAAAGACAAUGGCCAAGCAGUGCCUUUGAUCCACACUGACACUACAGCCAGCAUCAAGACUGGUUUGUGGAAACACGAAACUACUGUGUAG